UACUCUGUGCAAAAAACUUGGUGAAAAAGGAUUUUUUCCGACUUCCUGAUCCGUUUGCUAAGGUGGUUGUUGAUGGAUCUGGGCAGUGCCAUUCCACCGAUACUGUGAAGAACACACUCGAUCCAAAGUGGAAUCAGCAUUAUGACCUGUAUAUUGGGAAGUCUGAUUCUGUUACAAUCAGUGUAUGGAAUCACAAGAAGAUCCACAAAAAACAAGGUGCUGGAUUUCUUGGUUGUGUUCGUCUUCUUUCCAAUGCCAUCAACCGCCUCAAAGACACUGGUUAUCAGAGGUUGGAUCUAUGCAAACUUGGGCCAAAUGACAAUGAUACAGUUAGAGGACAGAUAGUAGUAAGCCUUCAGUCCAGAGACCGAAUAGGUACAGGAGGACAAGUUGUGGACUGCAGUCGUUUGUUUGAUAAUGAUUUACCAGAUGGCUGGGAAGAAAGGAGGACUGCCUCUGGAAGGAUCCAGUAUCUAAACCACAUAACAAGAACUACACAGUGGGAACGCCCAACUCGGCCGGCAUCUGAAUAUUCUAGUCCUGGGAGACCUCUUAGCUGCCUUGUCGAUGAGAACACUCCAAUUAGUGGGACAAAUGGCGCAACAUGUGGACAGUCUUCAGAUCCCAGGCUGGCAGAGCGGAGAGUCAGGUCACAACGGCAUAGAAAUUACAUGAGCAGGACACAUUUACAUACUCCUCCAGACCUACCAGAAGGCUAUGAACAGAGGACAACGCAGCAAGGUCAGGUGUAUUUUUUGCAUACUCAGACUGGCGUGAGCACAUGGCAUGAUCCAAGAGUGCCCAGAGAUCUUAGCAACAUCAAUUGUGAAGAGCUUGGUCCAUUGCCUCCUGGAUGGGAGAUUCGUAAUACAGCAACAGGCAGAGUUUAUUUCGUUGACCAUAACAACAGAACAACACAGUUUACAGAUCCUCGACUCUCUGCUAACUUGCAUUUAGUUUUAAAUCGGCAGAACCAAUCGAAAGACCGACAGCAGCAGCAAGUAGUGUCGUUAUGCCCUGAGGACGCGGAGUGUCUGACAGUCCCGAGGUACAAGCGGGACCUGGUUCAGAAACUGAAAAUUUUGCGGCAAGAACUCUCCCAACAACAGCCUCAGGCAGGCCACUGCCGCAUCGAGGUAUCCAGGGAAGAAAUUUUUGAGGAAUCAUACCGACAGGUCAUGAAAAUGAGACCAAAAGAUCUUUGGAAGCGAUUAAUGAUAAAAUUUCGUGGAGAAGAAGGCCUUGACUAUGGAGGAGUUGCCAGGGAAUGGUUAUAUCUCUUGUCACAUGAAAUGUUGAAUCCAUACUAUGGCCUCUUCCAGUAUUCAAGAGAUGAUAUCUACACAUUGCAGAUCAAUCCUGAUUCUGCAGUUAAUCCGGAACAUUUAUCAUAUUUCCACUUUGUUGGACGGAUAAUGGGAAUGGCUGUGUUUCACGGACAUUAUAUUGAUGGUGGUUUUACGUUGCCUUUUUACAAGCAGUUGCUCGGGAAGUCAAUUACUUUGGAUGACAUGGAGUUGGUUGAUCCAGACCUUCAUAACAGUUUAGUGUGGAUACUUGAAAAUGAUAUUACAGGUGUUUUGGACCAUACCUUCUGUGUUGAACAUAAUGCAUAUGGUGAAAUUAUUCAGCAUGAACUUAAACCAAAUGGCAAAAGUAUUCCUGUUACUGAAGAAAAUAAAAAAGAAUAUGUCAGGCUCUAUGUGAACUGGAGGUUUUUACGAGGCAUUGAGGCGCAGUUCCUGGCACUACAGAAAGGAUUUAACGAAGUAAUUCCACAGCAUCUGCUGAAGACAUUCGACGAGAAGGAGUUAGAGCUCAUUAUUUGUGGACUUGGAAAGAUAGAUGUUAAUGACUGGAAGGUAAACACCCGGCUAAAACACUGUACACCAGACAGCAACGUUGUCAAGUGGUUCUGGAAAGCUGUGGAGUUUUUCGACGAAGAGCGACGAGCGCGAUUACUUCAGUUUGUGACCGGGUCCUCCAGAGUGCCUCUGCAGGGCUUCAAGGCGUUACAAGGUGCCGCAGGCCCCCGCCUCUUUACCAUACACCAGAUUGAUGCCUGCACUAACAACCUGCCCAAAGCCCACACUUGCUUCAAUCGAAUAGACAUUCCGCCCUAUGAAAGCUAUGAAAAGCUAUAUGAAAAGCUGCUAACAGCCAUUGAAGAAACAUGUGGAUUUGCUGUGGAAUGAAAAACUUCAAGGAUUUAUCCAGGACUCUGUUUAUACCCCUGGCCGACAGCCUUUCAGCAGAGUUUCAAAGAAUGCUGAAAUACAGGAAAACACCCCCUCCCCCCUUUUCAAAUUUUAGGACACUGUGAGGGGAAAGGACGAUCUGAAAUUCCUUCUCAAGGAAAAAAAAAAAGGUCUUUAUGCUUUGCCAUGAGGCCACAUUCAGCUGCUAUUUAAAAUUAAUAUCUUGAACCUAAAGAAUGCUGACUUUUCCUACAUUUCCAGAGUUAGGCAGUAUUCUACUACAAAGACUACUACUAUUUUUAUAAAAGUUAAUGUAUUCAAAUACUUCACAGAUUUCAAGGUCUCUCAAACAUCAAGACAACUUCAGCAGUCGGUACAAGUCACAUUUCAUUUUGAUUGAACACAUGAUUUCAAACAGCUCCUGUACUUGCUCUUUGUAAAAAAUAAAAUAAAAUUAUUUUGAAUUAUUCUGCCUUUGUAAACAAUUGGCUAAAAGAAUCAUUGUCUUUAAGAAAUUAAGCCAUUUACGUGUUUAAUUAUGUUUUUUAUAACAGAGCAGUAUAUUUUGCAUUACGUGUUUCAGCCUAACCUAUGUAGGUCUUUUUUAUAUUUUUCAAGCACAAAUUUCCUGGGAUACAGCUAUUUAAUUCUGGUUGUCAAAUUCCUGAUGCUGCAACCAUUUAAUCUAAACUUAGUAGUUCAUUUGCUGUGAUAAGAUGUGUUCAGGGGCUCCCUCUUUUAAAAGACUUUUUUAAAAACACCUUUUUUUUAAUAUUGAAUCAAUAUGAUCAGGUAUUUUGGAUUUACUUUUCAUCUUAAAUCAAAAUACUGCGUUUUUAUAGCUUCUCAGAGCAUGCGGAUAAGGUGGGAUUUUCAUAUUUUUGCUGGAUCAGCUUACCUUUAAUAUAUAUAUAUAUAUACUGUUCCUGUAAACCAAAGUCUCUGACAAGUGCACCUAAUUUAUAUUUUAAUUUAAUUACAGUGUAAGAUUUUAUCAAAUAAAUCAUUCAGAAGCAUUGUUUAGCUGCUCAUAAUUUUAAUCAGUUAAAUUAUGAAAAAUUUAAAUGGUUACUCUAAUGAUUUUUUAGCAAGCUUAGAAAACCCUGCUUUUAACCAAACAGAAUAAGGUGGUGGGGGUAAUGUUGGGGUAAGUAGGGGUGUGAUUACUGAGCAACAGUGGUCCCAACUCUGCUGUAAAUUCAAAACCGAAGAGCUAAUUUUGGAAGUAAGGGAACUCCAGUUACCCGGGUGUGGGAGAGCUGUACCUGAUUCUGAAACGUUCAGACUUCACUCUCUGGGUACGUGGCAUGUGGCAGGAUCCUGAAGGCACUCAAGAUUGGGUUGAGGGAUUGGAGGAUGCCAAAACCACAGUGGAUUUCAAAAUUCGACUGUCAAAAAUAUGCACUAUUUUUUAAAAUGUUGAUGUGAAAUAAUCAAGAAUCGCUCAUUUUGAUAACUUUAAAUUUUACAACUUAAUUACCAAGCAAAUAGGUCCAUUGUGGAGGAGGUUUCUUUCAGUCCUUGUUCCUGGAGUCAGAAUGUGGAGGUGCCUCAGGAGUAAAGAUUCGGAAGUGGAGGGACAGAGAGGGAGCGGAGGGACAGAGAGGGAGCGGAGCGGAAGGCCCUUGUUGGUAUUUGAGCAGGGGCCUCCUACUCCCUGUUCUUACUGCCUUUCUCCCCGAGCAGCUUCAUUUUUCUGUUUUAUGUAUGGAGAUUCCAAGUCAGAUUUAUGGGAUGGCAGUAUGGAGGGAGGGGAAUGAAUGGGAUAAAAAAGGUGGGUAUUUUGCUGCUUUUAAGAAAAAGUCGAAAAUGACUUGUGUAGUUUCUGAGUAUUUUAAUUUAUUUCAUCUGGCCAAAUUUGCCUGCUACGAGCAAAUAGGCGGUCACAGCCGUGCGUGGUGAGGCGCGGCGCACGUGCCGCCCUUUCCUUCUGUAGUUUUCCUGCUGCGUUCUGGUUAGUACUGAAAAGCAUCUUCAGUGCCCAGAGAUGGUCUCCAUGCUCUUGGUGGAGUGAGUCUCGGUUUUCACGAUAGCGCCCUCUUGAUUGCAGUCCAGUGCUUUUGUAUGGAAGCACUAGUGCCAUUUGUAUUGGGCCUCUUAAAAUCCGUCAGUAAGGAAGAACAUGAAGGACACUUUACAGAAAUCAGAACUGACAGGGAUCUGCAGGAGUAAUGCAAUGCUAUUACCAGUUGUUGUCAUGUCCAAUAUAAAGCAGGCAGAUACCAGCGCUUUCUGAGUGCCUUUGUAAAUGUAUAAUGACUUAAUAGAACUUUAAAAGAAAUUAUGUUCCAUAACAGUCUGUGGUAUCACCAACAUGAUAUAUGAAAACCUGACUUAGAUUUCAGUUUCAAAAUUACAUUACCUGAUUACUUCCAAAUAGGUGCUAGGAGACAACCACCCCCAGGCCGAUGCGUCAUUGAACCGUGGACUCGCACCUCGUGUUUAAUGUGAAUAUUUAUUCCCUCGCAUCCCUCUUAACUCUUUUUUGUCCUUCCUCUAGUUGUG